CAAACGGGAAGAAGAAGAAGCUUCGUCGUUGUGAAGAUGGCGGUGAGCAGAGGGCUUCCAGGACUGUGGAGGACAUGCAGCUUGUUGUUUCCCAGACACCCUCUUUUGUUCCCCGGCACCACCCGAACACAGAGCUCUGUUAGCGGGGACCUGUUGCCGCGGACCUCGCUGUCCAGGCCUCCGUGGGCGGAGCAGACGAGCCUGGUCCUGGCGGAGGAGGAGCAGAGCCGACACGCCGCGGUGGUGAGCGCCGUGAACCAGCGGAUCAGCCGGCAGGACUUCGGCCGGCUGUUUGCGGUGGUGCAGUUCGCCGGCCGUCAGUGGAAGGUCACCGACGAAGACCUGAUCCUGAUCGAGAACCACAUCGAGGCAGAUUGCGGGGAGCGGAUCCGGAUGGAGAAGGUGCUGCUGGUCGGGGCGGAGGAGUUCACCCUGGUCGGCAGGCCUCUGCUGGGGAAGGAGCUGGUCAGAGUCGAGGCCACCGUGAUCGAAAAGACCGAGUCCUGGCCCAAAGUACACAUGCGGUUCUGGAAGAGGCACCGGUUCCAGCGUAAGAAGAUCAUCAUCCAGCCGCAGACAGUCCUGCGGAUCAACAGCAUCGAGCUGGCACCCAGACUCACAUGAUGAUGUUUCACACCGGGACUGUGGGUUUGUUUGUCCUUGAUGACAGUGUGUCUCUUCAAGACGUCCAGGGUUGCUUUAAACAGAGACAAACCUGAACAACUGGAGCUGAGAGAAAACUUUCUGAGCUGAACUGGGUUUUCUCCUGUAAAUACACUUGCACUCUGUAGAGAUGUGGAUCAUAUAUAUUAAAGUUUGUGUUUUCAAUAUA